CCAUACAUCAGAAAGCGACGCCAAAGUUUUCUUUUUUAUUCUAUUUCCUUCUCAAAAGUUUCCACUCUACUUUAUGCAAGCGGAUAUAUCUAUCUACUCUGGUUGAGCUACAGUUGGAGGGAGGUGAGAAUCCGAGGAUAGUUGGAGAAAAGGAUGGGGCAAGAGGAAGCGAAGAAGGUGGUGGUUGAGGGAUCAACGGAGGGGGCUGCUGCUCCGCCGCCGGCGAAGCCUGAGAAGGAGGUGGCUCCGGUGGCGGAGGAGAAGACGGUGAAUCCGCCGGCGCCGAAGGAGAAGGCCGCCGACGAGCUCAAAUCUCUGGCCAUAGUGGAGAAGGCCACAGAUCCCUCUAGUGUGAAAAGCAGCAGUACUUCAGUUGAUAGAGAUGCCGUUCUCGCACGGGUUGAAACGGAGAAGCGAAUGUCGUUGAUAAGGGCAUGGGAAGAGAGCGAGAAGGUCAAAGCUGAGAACAAAGCUGUCAAGAAGAUGUCUGCUAUUGCAGCAUGGGAGAAUGCAAAGAAGGCGGCUAUAGAAGCUGAUCUGAAGAAGAUUGAGGAAGAGUUGGAAAAGAAGAAAGCGGAGUAUGCGGAGAAGAAGAAGAACAAGAUCGCCAUGAUUCACAAGGAAGCUGAAGAGAAGAGAGCAAUGGUGGAGGCAAAACGCGGCGAAGAUGUUCUCAAGGUCGACGAACAGGCCGCAAAAUAUCGUGCAACGGGGCUCGCGCCAAAGAAGCUACUUUCAUGCUUUGGUGGAAUGUGAUCAUUUUCUUCUCGUGUUUGUGAAGUUUGUUUUGAUGUUGAUGUUAAUGGUGAUAACUAGGGCUGUUUGUUUCAGUGUGUGAAGAUUAAGUGUGUUGUUCUUUGUAUAGAUAUGUGCAGUUUGAAGGAACAUAGUUUUGUUUGCAUUAUUA